AUGGCCUCCAUGCAGGGAGUCAAUCACUCAGGAGUGUCAGAGUUCAUCCUCAUUGGCUUCUCUACCUUCCCUCACCUUCAGCUGAUGUUCUUCCUACUCUUCCUCUUCAUGUACCUCUUCACACUGCUGGGCAACCUGCUCAUCAUGGCCACCAUCUGGAGUGAACACAGCCUCCACACGCCCAUGUACCUCUUCCUGUGUGCGCUCUCCAUCUCUGAGAUUUUCUACACCUUUGCCAUCAUCCCACGCAUGCUGGCCGACCUGCUCUCCAUGCUUCACUCCAUCGCCUUCCUGGCCUGUGCCAGCCAGAUGUUCUUCUCUUUCACAUUCGGCUUCACCCACUCUUUCCUCCUCACAGUCAUGGGUUAUGACCGCUAUGUGGCAAUCUGUCACCCACUGCGCUACAAUGUGCUCAUGAGCCCUGGUAUCACCUACACGGUCCUCACCCCCUUCCUCAGCCCCAUCAUCUUCAGUCUCAGGAACAAGGAGCUGAAGAAUGCCAUGAAGAAAGCUUUCCUAAGCAAACUCUACCCAGAGAAAAUUUAA